CAGUAUCGACAAACGUUCACAAAACGUUUAGACGUAACAACCAUAGUGUCGUUUCUCUCCUUAUUUUAGUAAUUAGUCCUUUAUAUAUUUAAAUCUCCUUCAUUUUAUUAGUUCAUGUGUUAAGUGUUCAGUAUAUCGUUAUAAUAAUGCUAAGUGCCGCAUCGAAAAACGUCUUUUGAAGCAAUUACGUAAUGGGAAUUAUGCUAGACAAGUUUAAAGUUUUGCUCUGAAAUUUCAACAUGGCCGCUGAUACAGGGAUGGACACUUGCCCUAGUCCAGAGAUUACGGAUUCCAGGAAGCGACCCCUGGAUGGAGACUCAGAAAAUGGAGAUGUCAAGAGAUCACACUUCAGCUCGGUGCAAGACUUGGUGACCGCGUUGCCCCUGGCCAACGGCCAUGGCUCUAUUACGUCUCAUUUCGCAGUGGAGCCGACAUACCACUUCAAGGUACUGGUGCCAUCGAUGGUGGCUGGCGCGAUCAUCGGCAAGGGCGGGGAGACCAUCGCUCAGCUGCAGAAGGACACCGGGGCCAGGGUCAAGAUGUCCAAGUCGCACGACUUCUAUCCUGGUACAAUGGAACGCGCUUGUCUGAUCACCGGCUCGGUGGAGGGGAUCAUGGUUGUGUUGGACUUCAUUAUGGAGAAGAUUAAAGAGAAGCCAGAGCUCGUGAAGCCAUUCCCGGAGGGAGUCGACACUAAAAUGCCCCAGGACAGAGACAAACAGGUGAAGAUCUUGGUGCCAAACUCGACAGCUGGCAUGAUAAUCGGCAAAGGCGGUAACUACAUCAAGCAGAUCAAGGAACAGAGCGGCAGCUACGUUCAGAUCUCGCAGAAGGCCAAGGAAUUGUCCUUGCAGGAGAGGUGCAUUACUGUUGUGGGCGAGAAGGAAAGCAACAAGAAGGCCUGCCUCAUGAUCCUUCAGAAGGUGGUUGAUGACCCUCAGUCCGGGUCGUGCCCCAACGUAUCAUACGCGGACGUGGCCGGACCGGUCGCCAACUACAAUCCGACGGGAUCGCCCUACGCUGUACCCACCGCCGAGGUGAAAGAGAGUCACGGGCUCGGCGGUGCGGUGGGCGGAGUGGGCGGGGUGCUGAUGAACGGCGGCGGCGCGCUGGGCGGGCUGGGCGCGCUCGCCCUGCAGCUGUACCUGGCGCCGCCCGGCACCCCGCCCUCCGCGCCCAUCACGCAGCACACCCUCGACCACAUCAAGGGCGCGCUGCGGCAGGCCGGCUACAGCGAGGCUGGGGUGAGCGAGAUCGGCGCGGCGCUGGGGCUGCUGGUGAAGCACGGCGUGCUGGGGCUGGGCGUGGGGGGCCCGAUGCCCGCGCCGCCUGCGCUCUCCGCCGCAUACUUCCCGCUGCCCGCGCAAGACCCGCCCGCCGUCUUCGGACCCCUCGCGCAGGUCUCGCUAGGCGGCGCGCGCGGCGGCUCGCUCGACCGUUUCGCGGAGGUUGCAUUCGAGGCGCUUCGCCCCCCAGCCGUGGCGCCCAUCUCGCUGCAAGGCGGCGUGCCGUUCCCGUCGGCCUCGCUGCUGCCGCUGUCCAAGAGCCCCACGCCGGCCGACGCGCAGCCCAAGGACUCUAAGAACGUCGAGAUAGCGGAGGUCAUCGUCGGCGCCAUCCUCGGGCCGGGAGGGCGCAGCCUGGUGGAGAUACAGCAGAUGUCCGGGGCCAACAUCCAGAUCUCGAAGAAGGGCACGUUCGCUCCCGGCACCCGGAACCGCAUCGUCACCAUCUCCGGCUCGCAGACGGCCAUCAGCAACGCUCACUACCUCAUCGAGCAGAAGAUCCAGGAGGAGGAGCUGAAGCGGACCAGGCACAACGCCAUCUCGACCCUCAUGCAGUAACUACGCUCCCUCGCCCUCGCCCCUCGGCACCGCGCCACGCGCAAGUAGCGCCGCGGGGGGGGGCGCCGCGGGGGGGGCGCCCGCUUGCCGGCUGCUCACUCUCUAAUGAAUAUUUACAUCCACUUACACCUCAACAACAUGACGCAUCUAGUUCGUAAAUCGCAACGCUAAGUAAAAAUAGUUAAAAACGUUUUGUGUAAACUUGAAACUUGAACUCUGGGAUUGCGACGCAAUGAUGUUCCCAGUGUGCGUUACUGUCGUACUCCAUAUCGACGGAAGAAAGCGAAAAUGUCGUAUCUUGAAAAACCCAACUGUAUAUAUACCAAAGCCAUAAAUCGAUGUAUUUAAAUGAAUAUAAUCAGAUACCACUAUAUACAGACAGGCUUUAGAUAUAACACCAUACUAAUUUUCAACUUUCUAUCUCUAUAGGUAUAAUAUGAGUUAUGAAUUUUUGGAAAGUAUAAAUGGCUCUGGUAUAAAGUUGGCUUUUUCAGUUACAACAAUUUCGCUUUCUUCAGUCGUUAUAUAGUUCGCGUCACUCGAAUAUUCAUUUCAAAGUGAGUAUUGCACACGUCAGCCGCCUUAGCGUAGUUCUAGUCAAUGCAGUCUGGUACCAGACUAGCCGCAGGGCGUCUCAAGCCUAAAUAGUAAAUAAAAUGAUUUAUUUAAAGUAAACAAUAAUAUGGCGCGUGUUACCUGAACAUUUAUGAUGUGUUACUUUAAAAAUAACGAAACGAUUAGUUCCGCAGUUCUCGUUAUGGGUCGCACGCUGUUUUGCUUAGUAAAAAAUAGCACGCGAUUUUCGUUAACGUUAUUUAAAAUGCAAUAAAAAUAUGUAAUUUCUCUUAUUAGGAUUUUGAUUCAAAGGGGACAUUUGAUUUUAGAAAUGACAAUAUAUAACUCGAUGACGUUGUCGAUGACGCGUGCUAUUCAAUCGUUUAGCAGUUAAUCGACGAAAGUGAACGUUAAAAGCUGGAACUGAAUUAGACUGACAGCUUCCGUCGCGCCUAGACAACUCCGUCUAGCAGCGACGAAGGCGGUGGGCCACGCCUGGAGUCCAGCGCGUGUGGUCUGGUUCCGGCCGGUCGGGGACAGUGCAAUCUGCAUCACAGCCGGCGACCCAUAGCGACACAUAGUUCUCUAUUUACAAUAAUAAAAUGAUAAUAUAAAUAAUUUUAUGUAUAUUCAUUUAAAAACGUGUUUAAAACUUUAUAAAAGGGAGGAAUAGCGUCGAUAAUAAUGGUUUAACUCGGUCGACGGUCGCUGUCCGCUUAGCGGGCUCGUUGUUACGCGGCCGCGGUGUGCGCGCUACGUUUUGUUGUGCGACAUUCUGGCGAGCGAUUAGCGUUUCAUCUCUAUCGUUUUGUUAAAAAUAGCUCGUUGACUUUAGCGUAGAGAGCGGCGCUACACUAGAGCUCACCUCGGCGGUCUCUACGAGCGCCGUGACGUCAGCUCUGUGCUCUUAGUGCGAGUUUUUUUAACGCUCUCAGCGCCCCUAGCGGCAAACGUAUCAACUCCAUGCAAAGUUGAGUUAACUUUUACGCUAUCGAGAACGUUAAAAAACUCGCACUAAGCAUCCUGGUUGUUUUAGCCGUCGGAUGUUGUUGUUGUCGACGAGACGUUCACUGUACAACUGUUAGAGUUACCGUGUCCUACCUCAUUAGUCGGAUGUAAGUGUUUGUUGCUUGUUCUCGUUAUAACGAAUGUCGCACAAAAAAAUGUAACGUUACAAUAAAAAAAAACGAUCGCGGUCGUCUGUUAUGUUUUAAGUUUCUACAUUAUUAUUAUUAUUAUUAUAAUUAUAUUUUUUUUGUAAACGAAACUUAUGUGAUAAUCGUCCUAUCACGGAAAUUCCUAUUCCACACAUUUUUGUUGUUCACGACAUUAUUAAUUAUUUACAAUUUCAUUUGUAAAUGUUACCAUUGAAUCUAAGUUAUUGUUAGUUUAAUUGUUCAUUCGUUAGGAUUUAAAAAAUUUAAUACGAAAUCGAUUUUGUCGGAGAAUCGAUUCUUGAAUCGAGAUAUCGCACGGCGGAAAGCGCUCAGGGCAUCUCAGGAGCCAAAUAAUGAUCCUAACCAAAGUAGAUGUUUAAUUAUAUUUUUUAUUGCUUAAAAAGUACAUAUUUUAUUUUUAAAUUUUGUUUGAAAAUUAUUUUUUAUCCCUUGACCCUAUACGUAUUUGUGUCUGGUUAGCAGAAUGCAGUCAUUCCUGAUUUCUCUCGGUGAAGAUCUUUUAUUUUUUAUACAAUUUUUUUAUUAA